AUGCGUAUUGAAGCAACAUUUUACACGUGUUCUCAAGUCGAUAGAAAUUCAGUCUUCACAAUGCAGACGUGGCUUGUUCAACUGUAUUAUAAAUUCACUACAUAUCGAGCUGGUCUUACUAAACAUUCAUUGCCCAUUGACAAUAGUGGAAUUGCUGCUUCAUUUAGUUAUGCUGAGAAAGGCUCAAGAAAUCCUGAAAAGCCGAGUAUUGUAUUUGUUCAUGGACUUUCUUCUAAUAAAGAAACAUGGAUACCGAUUAUUAAAAAUAUAUCAGAUGAUUAUCAUUGUAUCACUGUUGAUCUGCCUGGUCAUGGAGAAACGAUUGGCUUUCAAGAAGAUAUCUAUACAAUUGAUAAAUUUGUGGAAAAACUUAAAUUGUUUUUUGAUGAAAUGGGUCUAACCGAACCAAUGUGUAUUAUUGGUGCAUCGAUGGGCGGUGCGGUUGUAUGCAUGUUUGCCAUAAAAUAUCCGAAAUAUGUAAGUAUGAUUUGUUUACUAGCUCCUAUAGCAAAUGAGGCAUCUGAAACUGAUUUGAUUCGACAACUGCGUACCGGCGUAUACAAUGCUCUUUUACCGGAAACACCAGAAGAACUACGUCAAAUGAUCCAUACACAGACAGUAAAAAGACUAAAGCUGCCUGAACCAUUUGUCAAUGGAUUUCUGCGAUUGAGAUUGCGUUUGUUGGAGGAACACAAGAAAAUACUUACUUCACUUCUCGGAUACGAUAGUUCACUAAUUGAAGAUCAUUAUCAACAGUUGCGACAAGUGAACUGUCCGGCAUUGAUAUUAUGGGGUCGUCAAGAUAAGGUCUAUGCUGUUAGUGGUGCGGAAUUUUUCUGCAAUUUGCUCCCAAAUUCUGAAUGUGUUGUUUUCGAUGAUUGCGGUCACUUUAUGGCUAUUGAUAAGCCUGAAGAGACAGCUAGAAGUAUCCUGACAUUUUUUGACAGUAAUGCCAAUUAUCAAUAUAUGGCUAUUUUGGAUCGUGCCUUUCCGAUUGAUAUACGUAUAAAUUUUUAA